AUGCCAACUAAACAAUCUCAGCAUAAAAUUAAUAAUUCUUUUAGUAAUUCAAUUAAAUCAUCAAUUUUAUCAUGGACAACAAAAGACGUAGAGCAAUGGCUUUAUUCAUUAGAUUUAGGAAAAUUUGUCCAUCGAUUUUGUAAACAAAAUGGUAUUGAUGGUUUAACAUUACUUCUUAUGAAAGAAGAUGAUCUUAGACAAGCACCUUUAGCAAUUGAACGUUUAGUUGAUAUUAAAAAAUUAUGGUAUCAUAUACGUAUAUUACAAUGUAAACAUCAGGAUUUUUAUUCACCAUUAAAUAUCUCUACAGCAUGCAUAUUUAAUGAUAAUGACGAACAAAUUAAUUUAUUCAAAUUAUUCAAACAAGGAAGUUUUUAUGAUAAUAGUAUAAAUCAUAAUCAUUCAUCAUCAUCACCAACACACUUAUUGGAAUCGAAUGUUCACAACAUAGAUGGAUCAUGUCAAGUGCAUAGUGAACAAAAACCAAAUGUUAAUAAAUCUCAAGAUGAAAACCGAAAAUUAUUAGUUAGUUUUAUUUAUGCUUUAAUAAGUGGAAUAUGGACAUCCUUUAUUAUGAUUGUUGUACAUAAUCGUGUACCAAAUGUUCAAAAAUAUCCACCAUUGCCAGAUCUUUUCCUUGAUAAUAUUCCACAUAUUUCUUGGGCAUUUGCUGUUAGUGAAUAUAUUGCUAUUGCUAUGAGUUUUAUAUUUUUAUUAAUUUUAAUAUUUCAUAAAUACUGGUAUAUUAUAUUACGAAGAUUUUUUGCUCUUAGUGGAACGAUAUUUUUUUUACGAUCAAUAACUAUGUUGGUUACAUCAUUAAGCGUACCUGGGCAUCAUCUUGAUUGUACACCACGGGCAUAUGGCACUUCUCGAGAAAUCUUAUUUCGUUGCGUAGAAAUAUUUCUUUUUCAAGGAUUAUCAAUUCAAGGCGUACGCUCAUGUGGUGAUUAUAUGUUCUCCGGUCAUACCGUAAUGUUAACAUUAUUAAAUCAUUGUAUUACAGAAUAUACAACAUCGGACUUCUAUGUUAUACAUCUACUUUCAUGGUUCUGUAAUAUAUUUGGUAUGAUUUUAAUUCUUGCAGCACAUGAACAUUAUUCAAUAGAUGUAUUUAUCGCAUUUUUCUUAACAAGUCGCUUAUUUCUCUAUUAUCAUUCAUUAGCAAAUAAUGUUGUUUUACAUUCAAGAUCAGAUAAUCGUUUAUCAAUAUGGUAUCCAAUGUUUUCAUAUUUUGAGAAAAACGUUCAAUGUAUGGUGCCGAAUAUAUUUCGUAUACCAUGGCCAUUGACAAUUAUUUUCCCACAUGCUGAUAGUAAUGAUGAAGAAAAAUAUUCUUCCGCUAAUUUUUAUAAUGAUGAUUGUAGUAAUGAUAAACGUAAAAGAAAAUGA